AUGGCUCUGUAUGAAGCUUUGUACGAGCGGAAGUGCAGAUCCCUCGCAGGGUGGUUUGAGAUUGCAGAAGUUAGUCUAUUCGGUCCAGAGUUUGUACAUCAGGCAAUUGAGAAGGCAGUCCAUCUAGUGUUCCACACAUCCAUGCUGAGGGAAUACAUGGUGGAUCCUUUUAGAGUUGUGCCGGUGGAUGCUAUUCAAGUCACGGAGAGUUGGUCUUAUGAGGAAGAACCAGUUGCCAUCCUGGACAGACAGGUUUGUAGGCUCAGGAUCAAAGAUAUGGUGUCAGUAAAGGUAUUGUGGAGAAGCGAGGACAAGGAAGACAUGACAUGGGAAGCCAAAGCGAAAAUGAAGUCAAAGUACCCUCACCUGUUUCUUAAAGACGAUGCUGACCCAGGAAAAGCAGAACAAAACCCAACGUCGAACUCAAAUGCCAUGCAAGGUACAAAUUACCCUUAA